UCACUGCAGGCGAAAAUCUUCAAAGUGUAGUUGUUGCUAGGAAAAAAAAUAUAUAUCGGAGUCAAUUAAUGUAUUUAAUCUUUAAAAAGGACAGGCAAACCCACAAAGCGAAACAACAACCAUGGAUACAAGCGAAGACCAAAAUGCAAGCGGCACCAAUGGAAAUCCUCAGACGAGUGGGAACUCUCGAGCCCCCCAGAUAGCCCACAUGUCUUUAUGUGAAAGACAAGCUGUGCAGGCUCUCCAGGCACUGCAAAGACAGCCUAAUGCAGCGCAGUACUUCCAGCAGCUCAUGUUGCAACAGCAGAUCAACAAUGUGCAGCUCAACACCUUGGCUGCUGUGCAACAGGCCACGCUUGCAGCUAGUCGCCAGUCCAAUACAUCAAGUCAUAGCAUGUCCCAAGCUCCCACCACUGUCAACCUAAGCACUACAUCUACAGGUGGGACGAUGAGCAGUCCUCGUCCACACGGUCCAGUCACCUCUGCAGCAACCACAGCCCUAAACCAGUCGGUGCUGCUGGGUGGAAACUCAACAGGCCAGGGGCAGAUGUACCUUAGAGUCAACCGUUCUCUUAGAGCUCCACUUGCCUCUCAGCUCAUUUUCAUGCCUGGUGGGACAACAGCUACGGUGGCGGCUGUUGCUCAGACACAACCACAGCAGCAGCAGCACGAAUCUGCUGCCACCACCGCAACUGUCCAGUCUGACUGUGAUCAGGUGCAGAAUCUGGCUCUACACUGUGCUUCCAACCCCAAAGCAGCUGCUGUGAAAUCAGAAAUUUCAGAUUGGAAAGAUGCUGCUAGUUUCCCACUCUCUCCGCAGCAACAGAGUUUCCCCCAAACGGCUCAGCAGCAGCAAGUGCAACCCCAACAACAGCAGAUGGCAAAAACCAGCUUUAACCAACAGUCUGUCUCUAAUUCUAUGGCUGUGAAGACUGGAAACCAAUCUUCCAUAACGGUCACUCCUGCUGCCUCCGUCGCUCCGUCGCCCUCUUCAUCAUCUCCUGCACUUCCUCUGUCUCAGCUGCUCCUGAGCUCCUCUGCUGCUCCGGUCAUCUUGGUGCCUUCGUCCAAUGUAACCACCUCCACCCAGUGCUAUCCAAUUGGCUCAGUGGCCCCAAAGACCAACAUUAACACUCAGACUCUGGUGGUGCACCCCGUACAACAGGCCAGCACUACAAUGGACAAAGGUCCUGUUCCAAUCCAACCCAAAACUGCCCAGGGACACCGCUUACCGCUCCAUCUGUCUCCCCGAAACUUGCCUCCCAUUCUCCCAGCUCCACCAAGCAACAGUCAGGUCACCGCAGGGGGCCACAACCCUCCCCACAUCCCUGUGCAGCUGGUGGGAGCCAGGCAAGGCGUGGCAGGAAACGCACAAGCUGUGGCUCUGACCCAGACCCGAAGCAGCACAGCCCAGGACAGUCCAUCAGGUGGGACCGUUACGUCAGUCUCCAACAACACAGCUGUGACAAAACCAGUCGUUGGCUCUUUGAAGAGAAAAUCUGAAUGUGACGCAGCAAACGACAUGGCAGAAGCAGAUUCUGCACCCAUGAAAGACUGUGCUCCUCCUUUAUCUCCAGCUCCAACAAAGGACUCGACUCCUUCAGUGGAAUCUAUAUUCUCGUCUCCUCCGACUCUCUCUUUGCCUCCGCCAUUGUCCAGAGUUGGACACGGGGACAAAGACAGACUGCCUGUGCCCCAAGCAGUGGUCAAGCCUCAGGUUCUCACUCACCUCAUUGAGGGAUUUGUGAUUCAAGAAGGAGCUGAACCCUUCCCUGUCGCCGGGUUCCUCAAAGACAGAGAUUUUGCCCUGGUUGGACGCACCGAGAACGGACCCCCAUUGUUGAAAUGUGAGUACUGUGGAUGCCUCGCUCCAGCCAGCCAGUUCAGGGGAUCCAAGAGGUUCUGUUCCAAUACUUGUGCUAAAAGGUAUAACGUGAGCUGCAGCCAACACUACAAGACCAGCAGAGGGCGAAGUGGUGGGGGGCUGCCGCCACGUCCAGCGGCCGCAGUGAGCUCUGCACGACCCAAGGGUUCUUCUGGCAAGAGCAGUUCUAACACCGCCCACAAUAAAAUAUCAAACAAGCGUCUUUCUGUCAAGUGCAACUCUGAGUCCAGCCGCUCAGAAGACAUGUCCAGCGAUGGGGAGGAAGAGGACUCUCCUUCUCUGUCCCCGUCUUCCUCCUCGCGCUCCUGCUCCAGAGCCGAGCACAGCGCCCCUCAGUCCGACAGCUCGGCUCCGCUAGACGGAGCCAACUUCCUGUCUGCGACGCCGGCUCAGUGGAGCGUGGAGGAAGUCUGCAAGUUUGUCUCCUCGCUUCAAGGUUGCGAGGAGCUGGCUGCCCAGUUUCUGUCGCAGGAAAUAGACGGGCAGGCUCUGCUUCUUCUGCGAGAGGAACAUCUCAUUUCCACCAUGAAUAUUAAACUGGGUCCGGCUCUCAAGAUCUGUGCCUCAAUCAACAGUCUGCGCGAGUAA